CAACAUCUCACAACGUGCUUUUGGAAGUGUUUCUAUUCUAAUGGACUCAUCUAGACCCUCAACAUCUGAAAUAUCAUCCUAACCAUGAAGGCUUCCCUGUCUCCAUCAGUUACAUGUGGCGAAAAGAAAAGAAAAAAUGAGGCUCCAGCUGCAGAUGAGGGCAUCAAAAGAUUGAAGACUGAGGAGGGAGGAGAUCUCCAGGAAAGGCCUCGUCAUUCAGCGAGGCUCUCGGUCUGCCUCGAUCGUUUGCAGCAGCCGAUCACACCGGCUGAGCUAAUGGAGCUGCUUCAUUUCGCUGCCCUGGGGAAAGCAGCAGGCAUCAAACAGCCUAGCUGGUGUCGUGUCCACCAUCAAAGGAAUGUCAGCGGUAUAAAUGUUGUCGUUGUGGAGGGAGUGACGCAGAGUCUUUUCUACAAGCACUACCUCUUAAUGGAGCACCUUAGGACAAGCUACACAACUAGGGUUACCUUCACACCAUCAUCUAACAAUGUAGCUUCAGAGAUCUUCCGCUGCGAAGUUCCAAACAUGGACUUUUCAUCUGUUUCUAAACCAGAGGAGACACUUCAUACAGCUGUGAGGCACCAUCCAGUUAUCACUACGUUUGGCACAAAGAGGAGAGGACUGACUGCAUAUGUUCUGAGCCAACAGCAGUUGAUAAAGAACCGCUAUCCAGUCAAAGAUCCAUCCAUCAUGUUCAUGUUUCAGUGUCUGACAGAGAAAGGAUAUGAGCUGGCUCGCGUUUCCCUGGUGGACAGUGAUGGUAAUUGUGUGCUGGAUGAUCUGGUGAAACCUCAAAACCGUGUUCUCAACUACCUUACACAGUUCUCAGGUAUCACAGCAGCCAUGUUGAGGCCGGUAACGACCACCUUACGGGACGUUCAGGCUAAGAUCAGGACGCUGUUACCGGACAAUGCAGUAGUGGUGGGCCAUUCCCUCAACAAUGAUCUCGUCGCACUGAAACUCAUCCAUCAACAUGUGAUUGAUACCUCUCUGCUGUACAGGAGAGAAUUUGGACAGAAGUUUAAGCUAAAGGUUCUGGCUGAGGUGGUGCUGAAGAGGCAGAUCCAAAGCGAGGAAAGGAGCGGUCAUAAUCCCACUGAGGACGCUGUGGCAGCACUGGAGCUAGCCCAGUACUUCAUCAAAGCAGGACCCCGUCAGGUGGUGGAGCUUCAUCUGGAGGAGCUGUGGGGAUACAAACUAAAGGAGGAGUCUCCUAAAAGCACACCUGCACCAAGCUACAGGUUUGCAGACAUUUUGCAGACAACCGGCCGCUCCCCGGCAUAUUUCGGAAAGCGAGCUGACGUCGCUCUGGAUCUGUCUCAUCAGUGCUGGUACAGCUCUGACAAAGAGAUAGUGUCAUCUUUCAGAAAGCAGACCAAGCACCCUUUCCUCUCCGUCGUUCAGUUGUCCUCCUUUUACAAUUAUCUGAAAAGACGCUCAGCUAAUCAGCCGCAGCUGUAUAACAAUAUGUGUGCAAACCUUAGAGAGAUGUGUGCAGUGUUUGCUGGGCCGUUCCCUGCAGGUUUCUCCAAAAGAGAUGUCAAGCGGAUGUUUUCUUGCUGCGGGCCGGUUCGGAGAGUCCAAAUGUUGAGCACAAGUGUCAGGAACCAUGCAAAGGUGGAGUUUCGGAUGCUGGAAGGAGCGGUGCUAGCUUUAAAAGUGCUGAAUGGACUCAGUGUGCUGGGUCAGACCAUCAAGGUGCAGAGGCCUGUAAACAAAUCAAUGCUGGACUUAGAUCUGAAUCUUGAGACUUUAAUGAGUGAGAAACUUAAUACCAAUCGUCUUUAUGUUGUUAAACUGAGACAUGAUGUGGCUCAGGGGCUCAACAUUUCUGCAAAGCUUAACAGAUGUCUUUCAGAUGCUAAUUCUUCGGUUUUACCACCUGGUAGACCGAUGAAUGGCUUGCCACAAACCGCUCAAAUAAACGGUAAACAUUCUCACUCAGCCAAACCUGAACUGAGUGAGGAGAGUGUCAGAGAGACAUUCAGUAUGUUUGGUUCAAUAAGGAGCAUCAGCCUGCCUGCUAAAAUUGCAAAACGUGCAUUUCAUGCAUACAUAGAGUUUGAAGAUGCUGAGGGGAAACACGCUGCGCUCGCCUCCUCUGGGCGUCUUGUGGAGGACAGUUAUCUAGUAUGGCCGUCCAUAACUCCACCCCACCUGCUGUCAUGGAUUGGCCUGAUGACCGAGAGUAAACCAGAGCAGGAAGAAGAGGAGACAGUGGAGGACUUUUUUGAUGGUGGUUUUCAGGACCAGGAGUCAAGUCUCCUGAAGAAGCUGGACCGCCGGCUGAGUAAAGUUUUCCGCUCCCUACCAGACGGGACCAUGUCUGUGGUGCUGCUGCUCGAGGACACCAGCAGCACAAGUUCUGAUCAUCCUGGUUUAUGUUUUCUGGAAGUCAAAAUGGAGAAUCAAUCCAGGAGAUAACCUGAAUCACCGAGUGAUAUCUGCAGACUUUCUCUGUGAGGGCAGGACCCUCCUUUACAUAUUUAUCAGGACACAUUUACAUCAACCUAUCAGAGCUCAUCAGAGAAUAAAUAACCACCAGGAGAUGUUAAAACUGACAUCACAUCACCUUUAAGUUUAUUUCCAUCUUUUUUGUUUUGUUUGUUUUUUAAGUUAAAGCUACAGUAACUUUUGACCCAAUUAUUAGCUCAAUUUGAGAUAUAGUAAAAGUUUUUCUUAGGUCAAUAUAUGGAUCUACUGGCCUAUUGUGAAUGAGUCAUGUGACCCAGGGGGCCACUUUAUUUAAGUCUGAGAUCCAAUUAAACACCAAAAUUAACUAAGCUAAAGGUUGUCAGCCAACUCAGGUAUGACAUUUACCCGAUUAGACAUACAUUUGGCUCACUUUCAAAUAAAGGUCACUAGAGCUAAAAAAAUAAAAAUAAAAUAUGGUUCCCUGAUGUAGGAUUUUUGUCAAGAGGGGUGAAGGUUUCCUUGUCUUUACAAAUAACUUCAUGACUUCUCAAUCUACGGAGUAUUAGGUUCAGGCUAGAGAUUUUUAUUUGAUUUUUUUUAUGAGAAUAAAGUAAUAGGAGAAUCAUACCACAACCCAUUUCAGAAAGAAAGCUUCAAGCUCCGACCAGCACAACAGACAGCAACCCGAGUCCACUUUAGGACUUUAUUCUUGUAAUGAUGGGACUUUUUAUCAGUGUUGUGCUGAUGCCAUUUUUUUGGCCCCCCAACCUGGCUGUGCAGUAUCGGCCGAUACCAUCCGUUGUAAAUUGAUGUGUAUAUAUGAAGAACUGCAUACUACUUGGAUAUAAAAUAAUUGCCAUCAUGGCUUUGUCACUCUCAAAAUGGUAUCUGUGCCCUAUUUGUUAGUACUCGCCAAUACCAUAAUUUUGGUGUAG